AAAUACAAACUUUUGUGUACGUCUACGAACAAAUGAUGUUUGUUGUGUCAAGGUAAUAUCCACCACCACUGCGUAACAUCAUUCAAUUUUGGAAAGUUAACCGGACUCAUUUCUUCACACAUCAUGGACUGAGCUCUGUGUUUUUCAAUAGUUUACAAGUUCUUUCUCCAAGGGUCGAAAGUCAGACCGCCUGAAGAAUAAAGGCAGUGGUCGACUCAUUGACGACCUAUCAAAGGCCGGGCGAUCACAUGUCGCUGUUGCCAUGGACACGGCGUCUGGGGUCUCAAUGGGUGGUGUUGCGCCGGCCGGCAUUGUGAGGCGCGAUCUAAUUUUUCACCGGGCUUUUGUUUGGUUGCAAACAUUUAUUUGAGGCCCACUUUCAGCGAUCAGCGUUCGGGAUAAGCCGUGGUUUGCGAUUCAGGCAGUCGACAGAGGAUACUUUUUUUCGUGAAGGAACUGCCAUCGCUUCACGGUAAAGAUUCUCGUUCAGUGGUAGGAACAAGUCACACGCCUACUCCAGAUAUUUUGCCAGCGUAGCGACAGACCUAACUUCCUCGGUAUACCAUGGCUGCUGUCGCCGAUGUUCGCUACCGUUCAGCGCCGCCGGGCCCUCGGCCCCAGGCCGACCAGUUCUUCCGCUACCCUUCCCUGCAGAGGGUGAUGUUGUCCUCGGUGAAGGAGGGAAUCUACCACCCCAAACUGCCCACCAUCCGCCGGAUGGACAUGGACACAGCCGGGCACAGGCUGCCGGACGAGCACUGCCGAACAACCACAGACAUCGGACCAGUUGAUUUCAGUAACGCCACGACAACACUGCAACACCCGCCCAACAAAACCAUGUCUGGUUUGAGAAUAACUAACACCGGUAAGAAGACGCAGAGAUUCAAGGUGGAUCCAAGCAUUCUUGACAGUGAAGUGAAGCGUGAUUGGGCUAAAUGGCUGGGACGGACAACUGAGAUCAGAGGACAUGACGCUAAAGAUUUCCACUUCACAGGGUACGCAGUGAGGCACAUACGGCCUAGCAUCACCUCCUCUUGGAAGUACGCCUUGCGCCAGGAGCCCACACUAGACCAGUACGGACAGAAGCCCAUCCCUGCUAACAUAUACAGCCGAUACCGAGACACCUACCCUCAGUACAGUCGAGACAUUUCAAGAGACGCCUGGCGGUAAAGAAAGGAAUCACAUAGGCUCGUGGAACGGGACACCGGAGUCAAGACAGAAUAUGGACAAAAAGCAGGAAAGAGAAGAAAACAAGAUAUCAGUGAGAAGGGGAGAGUAUGUCAACUGAAGUAUAUGACACUUGCUAGCUCAUGAUUGUUGAACUAGAGAAAAUAUAGCUGUAUGUGGAAAUAUCCAAAAUAAAAGUAAACUUGACUAGAUCUUUCAUUUAUACCUGUGUUGCUGCUAUUACAUUUUUUUAAAUUCUUUGAUAAUAUAGUUAUUGUCUACUACUAACAACCACUUUGGAGCCAUGAGUAUUAUCAACAACAAAAAAUUCAUUGUAAAUAUCAUCAUGAACAGGUCAUUGUAAGAGUAACUGUAUACCUAUUGUUGGAGGUAAACUGUGCAGGAUUUUCUCACAUUUUUCACCAACUUUAUAUGCAUGAUCAAUUAUUACAUUGCAUUCUGCAUCUUUGUCAGUAGUGUAAUUACGUUAAUAGUAAUAUGAUCACAAACAUACACUGAAAGGAACAGAUGCACCCUGCAUGGUCUGUCUCUAACGUGGCAUGUUGCUAGGAGUUUGCCAAUUGCUGCUAUUUUGUUGCCAUUAUUUUAUACUCUAAUUCCACGUUUGUUGCCAUUGAUAGUUUGUGUUUUCUGUCACUCACUGAUAAUUCAAUUGAUAGGUUGAUAAUGUCGAUAAGAAUUACUAACAGACAAAUACUUCUGAAGAAUUGAAGAAUUCUGUGCAAAGCUACGUAAUGAUAACACAGUGUGGCACAUUUGACACUAGAUCAGGCCCAUGCUUAUGUAUAUAACCUACAUUUGUCCAUACGAUAGCACCAAUGUCAGAAGAAUAAAAACUGAUAUACAUAUACUAAAGUCUGAUAACGAAUGAGUAGUUUAGCAUAAAUAACUUCGUUCGCAGGUUGCACAUAUUUAGGAAAUGAACAAAUAAACCAUUUUGUUGUUUUACG